CCGCACGCUCAUUUCAACCCCGUUGGCCGCCCCUCCUCCUCUUCUUUCCAUUCUUCCGCAACUCUCGCCUGUGCACUGCUCACCGAAUAGGCUGCGACCGAUAUAGUGUCCGACGCUAUAAUUUUUCUUGCGAAGCAAGCCCCGAGUCUGUCCUGUGCACUACACUGCAUUGUGUCCUCACGGCGUCUGGCGCAUCAAUCCAUCCCCCAUCGAACGCUCGACGCCCGCCCACCGGAGGCGACGAUCACCUGAACGAUCGGCCCCCUUUUUAUAGAUACACACAAACUAUACAUAUCGAAACAUGUCGGAGAGAAUAGCCUGGACGGCGCUCCUGACUGGCGCCGUUUCUAUAUGUGCUGCCGCUGUUCAGGCGGCGCCGAGCUCCAUGGUCCCCGUCACAACGCCAGUGCUGGCUGCCAGCGUCACGACAGCACCAGCAAGCUCACUCAUCACACCGUCUCCUGUUGUGCCUGUGACAACAGCACCAGUUUAUCUACCGUAUUACAAUGAGUCCUCGUGGUCAGCUGUCCGUGGAAGUGUCGUCGCAAGCGAUCCCAAGGCAAACUUGACAACAUAUACAAUCUUCUGUCCGACGCAGACUACAAAUGUCUGCAAACUCGCCAUAAACUUCCCCUUUGUGUUUACCGAAGGCCCCAAAACCGUGCAAUUCCACGGCACAUAUACGUCUACAUUCAUUGCAAAUAUUGGAUGUAAUCUUAAUGGCACAACGGCCGCUACUUGCUCUGGCUACACGAGCCUCACAUCAGGCUACACAAUGGGAAAACAGACAGGUCCAACAGAGAUUCGCUGGACAUCGACUUUUAGCGACCAGGACGUACAAUGGGGUGCCCUUACUCUCACAGAUGUACCGACUACUACGGACGAAUCUGGCGGCGAUGGCGGUGCUGCAACAGGCGUACAACCCACAAACACCGCGUUAUACUACGUAACCAGCCAAGCGUCCAAGGAUGGUGCUGCCGCCCGACCUGCGAUAGAUUCGGCCUCCGUCUGGCUUGCUGCUCUUGCAACGGGAAUCAUUGGAAUCCUGGUAUAGACACGGCAGUUUGGAGUACAUGUUGCGUGGCCAAUGAGGACUGAAAGCCUUGAUGAUGACGUCGUGGACUAGAAUAUACCCUUGCAUUUAUAGAAUUGGAACUACCCACUGUGUUUUGUGGGGAGCUCAGAGAGACGGAUAUGGGUUGGCUUUUGUUGAUAUUUUGGUAAUAUAUUUUGCACUUGCAUGGCGUUUGGGAAUGGGUAGGUUUUGUUUGAACUUGUUACGAUAACCAAUAGAAGACGAUUAUAUCAGAAGACUGUGUGUGCGCCAAGUCGACCGUGAAUAUGAGGUCAAGGCUGGGAGAAGGGAGUGGAAGUGUUUUAGAGAUGGACUGAGAGCCUGCUCAAUGACCCUGCCGUUGGUAUGAUGAAUCGACGAAUGGGUAUCAGCGGC